GCUGCCUGAGGAAGCUGUUACCCCACUGACGUUUUCGUAGCAACAACAGCUUCCUCACAGAAGAGGAGGGGGGCCGAGAGAUUAUUCCCAUUCGACACAGUAGGAAGCUGGGGCCCACGGGGGCCUUCGGAGGCAGAUGGCAGGCAGGCUUGGGGACAGACCCCGGAGGGCAGCAGCCGGGUCCGCCGCCCCUCCGCCGGCGCCUGCGCAUUGCGGCCCAGCUCGCCUCUCAACCCCGCCCCAUCGCUCGGGUUUUCAAAUUUGAAACCUGCUUCUUUUCCCGCCCGACCGUGUGCAUCAGCGGCGGGAGAGGGCGGGGCGGAGCGCCAGCCAAUAGGGCAUCAGAGGCUCCCCGACCCCACCCCGAGGAUGACAACAGCGAUCCUUGAGAAGCCAUGUGCGAAUGGGCGAGCGGCGGCCGGCAGGCCCCGCCCCCGCGGCGCCCACGUGCAGCGGCUGGGCCCGGGGCUUCCAGGGAACCACCAGGCCGCCAGAGCGCCGUGCUAUGUUGGGGGCUAGUCACUAGCACGGGGCUGGAAGCUGAGAUCAAAGACGCCAAUGAGCCGGCGUAGGUGGAUGAGUGAGGCGGGCCCGCCCGCUGCCAGCUGUCGCCGACAUGGAACCCGUGGCCAGCAACAUCCAGGUCCUGCUGCAGGCGGCCGAGUUCCUGGAGCGCCGUGAGAGAGAGGCCGAGCAUGGUUAUGCGUCCCUGUGCCCGCAUCGCAGUCCAGGCCCCAUCCACAGGAGGAAGAAGCGACCCCCCCAGGCUCCUGGCGCGCAGGACAGCGGGCGGUCAGUGCACAAUGAACUGGAGAAGCGCAGGAGGGCCCAGUUGAAGCGGUGCCUGGAGCGGCUGAAGCAGCAAAUGCCCCUGGGGGCCGACUGUGCCCGAUACACCACGCUGAGCCUGCUGCGCCGCGCCAGGAUGCACAUCCAGAAGCUGGAGGAUCAGGAGCAGCGGGCCCGACAGCUCAAGGAGAGGCUGCGCAGCAAGCAGCAGAGCCUGCAGCGGCAGUUGGAGCAGCUCCUGGGGCUGGCAGGGUCGGCCGAGCGGGAGCGGCUGCGGGCGGACAGCCUGGACUCCUCAGGCCUCUCCUCUGAGCGCUCAGACUCAGACCAAGGUGAGUGCCCCGAGGCUGAGGGGUUGUGUGGCCCUCGGGGCGAGCCAGGUCUUCUGACUGGACCCCUCCCUGCGCAGAGGAGCUGGAGGUGGAUGUGGAGAGCCUGGUGUUUGGGGGUGAGGCCGAGCUGCUGCGGGGCUUCGUCGCCGGCCAGGAGCACAGCUACUCGCACGGUGGCGGCGUCUGGCUAUGAUGUCCUCACCUAGGGCGGGCCUCUGCCCUCCGCCCGUGCCAGGCCCACUUGCCAGGCAUGAGCCCUCCCCAAGCCUUCAGGGCUGCUCGGAGUCACCUGUUGGAAUGGACUAAAAGGACCCUUGUGUGGGAACAGGUGCUCCCCAAACACCCUGCUGCCGGCUGCCAGGCAGGCCCUCUGGAAGGGAAGGGGCAGGACUCAUCAGGACCUCCCUGGACCCCUGCAGGGCAGGCAGCUUGGGCCUGAGCCCAAGCACUUGGCUCUGCUGCCCCCAAAGGGACAGGAAGCCUCUUGGGCCUCUUCCCUUCCUGGACAAGGCCCCCCGGCCUUUGCCUCACAGAAACUGUACAGUAUUUUCAUUAAAAGCCUCUUUCAUAA